UAUAUAAUCUUUAUUAUUAUCCUUAGACAGGGCAAAGAUCAUGUCAUGUACCACCGCCACCUUUGUCAUUUCACUGCUCCUCCUUACCACGGCCGCCGCCACCGCCUCCUCCUACUCUCAAGCAAGCUCCGAUGCCAUCCUCAAGGCCAAAGCACUUGUCUCCCAAGCCAAGGCAUGGGCUGCCCGAACCUCGGCCUCAGCGCUCUAUCGUUACCGGUCGGAUCAAGACCACCAACACCGGAGGAUGCCCAAUCACCCUCGCAACCUCAGCUUGGCCCUUAGUGACUGUGAGAGGCUCUACGAAAUGAGCAAGUUCCGGCUCGAGCAGUUGCUCCAUGGUGGGCUAGAGAGCACUCACGCUUGGGACGACGCCACCACGUGGCUGAGCAGCGUGCUCGCGAACCAUUGGAGUUGCUUGGAUGGCUUGAACGAGGGCCACGACAGAGGGUCAAUACCAUCCGCGGGGUCUCGGAACUUGACAAGUUUGAUAAGUGAAGCCUUGGCUUAUUCGCAUGAGAAAAGGAAUGGCGCGACAGGCAUAAGGAAGGGGUUUGGUCAACCAAGGCCAAAGCCUAGCCAAUACGAGGGCCUUCUGGCUUCAUGGAAUGCAGCGACCUCGAAGGCCGACUUCGAGGUGGCAAAGGAUGGUUCCGGGACUCAUGGAACCAUAAAUGAAGCGCUGGCUGCACUGGGCAGAAUGGGCAGCAACCGUCCUAGUCGAGUGGUCAUCUACGUGAAGGCGGGAGUGUACAGUGAAAAAGUUGAAAUUGAAAAGAAUAUGCAGGAUGUAAUGUUUGUGGGCGACGGAAUGGACCGAACCAUUGUGACUGGUAGCAGAAAUGUUCCGGAUGGUUCCACCACUUUUAGCUCAGCCACAAUUGGGGUCUCUGCGGAUGGGUUUUGGGCAAGGGACAUGACAUUCGAGAACACGGCUGGUCCCUCGAAGCACCAGGCAGUCGCCCUGAGGGUCAACUCGGACCGUUCCGUGUUUUACCGCUGCAGCUUUAAGGCCUAUCAAGACACCCUCUUCACCCACUCCCUAAGGCAGUUCUACCGUGACUGCCACAUCUAUGGCACGAUCGACUUCAUCUUUGGGGACGCUGCAGUGGUGCUCCAGAACUGUGACAUCUUUGUUCGGAAACCGAUGAGCCACCAGGCCAACAUGAUUGCAGCCCAGGGCCGGGAUGACCCCAACUCGAACACCGGGAUCUCAAUACACGGAUGCCGGGUAGCCCCUGCACGCGAGUUUAUGUCAGUCAAGGGUUCUUUCAAAAGUUAUCUAGGACGGCCCUGGAAGAGGUACUCGAGGACGGUGAUAAUGAAGACGGAUUUGGAUGGCCUGAUCGACCCGAAGGGAUGGAUGGAAUGGAGCGGCGACUUUGCUCUCUCGACCCUGUUCUACGGUGAAUACAUGAACACGGGCAAUGGUGCUUUGACCAAGAGCAGGGUGAGGUGGGCUGGGUUCCAUGUCCUGAGGAGUCCGGAAGAGGCUCAUCCUUACUCUGUGAGCAGAUUCAUACAAGGGGACUCAUGGAUUCCAAAGACCGGAGUGCCCUUUUCGCUAGGAGUUUAGAAAAUAUGUGUGUGUGUGUGUGUAGAUAUCUGUGUGUAGUUGCAAUGUAAUGAACUAAUAUGGAAAUUAGUAACACUUCUACUCAA